AUGCCGCACCCAACCUGCACACACUACCUCUGCCCUACAAAACCCUACUCCUUCUUCCCCCACUCCACCUCCUCCUACUGCCUCAAGCACUCCCGAAGCCCCCUCAAAGACCCUCUCCCCAAACUCCUCUCUCCCCACCUCGGCCUCCAAAGCCCUUCAGAACUGACCUUCCUCAAGCACGCACAAAAAGUCUACAGUACACUUCUAAAAUCCUUUAAGGCACAGAAGGAAGACCAGCUGUUCUGGGAUAUUUAUGAAGAAGUAUUAGAUGAGGUAAAGGAGGCGUUUGAAGGCAUUUUGAAUGAUUUAAGGGAGGUGAGGGAUGGGAAGAAGGAGAGUGGGUCUGAUAGUUUGGGGAGUUAUGAGAUCGUGAAGACGGAUUGGGAUAGAGGAAAUGAGGGUAGUUUGUCGAGUAAAGAAUCUAAAGAUGAGAAGGAAAUUGUGUAUAAUUCACAGAGACAAGAGCCAUAUUUUGAUCCAAAAACUUUAUUUGAGCUGCUCUCAAUUUCUAACAGCAAUAUUAGAGAUCUGUCAUUGGAUAACGAUGUUGCUUGUAAAGAGGAAUCAAAGGAAGAAUUUUUCGAUUUUGAUAAACAAGAAAUUAGAGCAUUUCUAUUUCAAUUUUUUAAUCACAUCGAAUGCCUUUUUACCAAAGAAGAAUGAAAUCUUGAUUUAGAAUUUUUCAAAAUAUUUAUCUCUAUUUUUGAAAACACUUCAGAAAACUCAGAGAGUUCAUCAAAUAUCAAUCAUUAUCUGAAAGAUCUGACCUCAGAUAAGGAAUCAAUUAACAAAGAAAUCCAACAGAACCUUCAAAUUUGCCAAAAAUUUGAUCACAUAUUCGACCAAAACUCCCUUACCACUAAUAAAGAUAAAUUUGAUGUUUCUACUCCUUGAUUUCUCAAACUAUCUCACCACUACUGCAAUUACCUCAAAAUUCUUCCUCAAAAACCGCACCCUCUCUUCUCCCACCUAAACCCUCUUAUGCUAAACUGAGUGACCUGUGCCCACCCCCAGGACUGUGACCAAGACCCCUUCUAUUACUUGCCAGAGCUAGAUAUCCAGCUGUGCUUCCUGCAUAGGUUCCAUAAAGCAUAUUCCUUCUGUACGAAGGUGACACCAGUGUAUCAGUGAGGGCUGGACCAGCUCAGGAAGUUUCUCAAUCCGAUCUGGCAAAGAUGUGCGAAAGAUGAUUUCUACAAUACAUAUCAUUUCAAAGAUCCAAUGCUUGAUUUCACAGACUCUAAAACAUUCAGAGCUAGUAGUUUCCUAUUUAUCCAAAAUGAAAUUCUGCAUACCUAUUCCAAGUUCCCUUGAGAUCUAACCUGGGCAGUCUCCAACAAACAAUUUCCUUCACUUAACUACUACCACCUUGCCUCUGGCAUCAGCCGGAUCAAAAAGGAGAACCCAGACCACUACGAUAUUCCUCCCCUAGAUAGUUACGAACAGGAUUACAGAUUCGUGGAUAUUGGACUGAAGAUAGAGAUACUUAACUAUGUAGACCAGUAUCUUAAAGGAAGUGAGCACCCUAACGAUUGAGAUUGAAAUGAUUGUCCAACUGGGAACCCACUUUUCAUAAACAAGCAAGAGUUUUGGAUGAAACCAGAAGAAGAGCCUGGUUUAUUAGCAAGGUUUGAAUCCCAGCUCUGCUCAACCCAACUUUGUAAGAAAGGCUUUCAAUUUAACAACGAAAAAUUCACCCUAAAGCCUGGCGAUUAUUCCUCAAAGAACACAUAUAAAAAGAGUAUUUCAAAAAUGAACUUGGAGUGUUCUGAGGAGGAAGAAGAGACAAAAGAAAAGCAGAAACCUCAGGAAGAGAGUAAACAAGAUUCUCCCUCAGAAAGUUAUUGAGAUGUUGCAGAAUCAUCUUUGAAGCAGUCAGAUUAUGAUAAAGUCGAAGAAGCUGAUGAACCAGAACUCUAUGAAUCUAAGAUGUCGAAUUCAGAGCAAACAGAUAAGCAAGAAGAUGACAUUUCAGAAAAUAAGAUAGAAGAUAGUUCACAAAGUAAAGACUCAUCUAGCUUUGAAGCUUUUGAAUAUAAUGAGAAGCGAAGUUCAGAACAAGAGAGUUCAAGCUUAACUGAUAAUAGCUGCCUUGAUGGCUCUGAUGAUGACUUCAGUUCUUUAACUGCCAAAUCUUCAGACUUAAAUUCAAAAGAAAAGAAUCUCUUUAUAUCAGAUGAGAAUGAACAAUCUAAGUCUAAAGAAAGUAAAGAGCAUAGUUCAGACAAAGAGUAUUCUAAAGAGUCAGAGCAGCCUGAUAAAAAAUUAGAAUUUGGAAAACAAGAGAUUCAAGAACUAAUACAUUUUGCUGAAGAUAAAAUACUGACUAAAAGAAGCAACUAUUUCAAAACAUCAGGGUCAACCUGUAUCUCUAAAUAUCUGCUUAAUAAUCUGAGGGUUCACAAGGAAGAAGUAGACCCUGAUGACCCAUUCUUAUGACAAUUUGAUCUCUCUAAUCCUGACGAAUUUAAACAAUUUGUGGAAAUGGUAUUACCAAAGGAAAGAACAUAUAUAAUGUCAGGUGAAAACUCAAUAACUCUUGAACUAAAAAAGGAGAAUAACUAUAAAUUCUUAUUGUGCAUAAAGAGCAGGCUUCCAGAUUUAAAAUUAUUGUUCUUAAAUUCCUUCCCAAAAGAGGAUGUUUAUGUCUAUAACUUCCUUUAUCGCUACUUUCCAGAGACCGCCCAAGACUUUGUGAUAUACUUUGGCACUGAACAAGAGCCUAUUGAUUUCUAUUUCCAAACAGUAAUUGAUCAAAGCAGAAGAGUUAUCAGAAAGUUUGAUAUUGGAUUUUGCAAGCUAAGUCAAUCCCAGAUGAUCCAGAUCUUUCAGGAAUUUAAGCAUGUGAACUUUCUCAGGUUCUAUAAUUGAGAGCUGGAUUUAGAAUCUGUUCCUGCCUUUGAAGACUCCUUACAAGGAUCGAAGGUGAAAACUUUAAGCUUACCAAUGAUGCAUUUGAGAUUUGAAAUGUAUCAACUUUGCAAUUUAUUUGAAGGCCUUGCCCAAUCAGAAGAUUUCUUGCCGGGCUUGGACACAAUUGAUUUUUAUAACUCUGGCAUAUCAGAAGAUCAAAAGAGGGAGCUCCUCGAACCUUAUGUCACUCCUGAAAAGCUAAUCCAACUCUGUUCUGAUUAA